AUGGCGGCGGAGCUGCAUCCGCGGAGCGGAAAGCUGAUCGGCCUGUCUAACUCGAACAGAACCGCCCGGCGCAACCAGCCAGUCCAGGAGUUCAACCAUGGGCUGGUGCUUAGUAAGGAGCCGCUGAGGGACCGGGAUGUCUUCACCGUCCGCAUUGACAAGAAGGUGAAUUCGUGGAGCGGCUCCAUUGAGAUUGGCGUCACGGCACUGGACCCCGCCGCGCUGGACUUCCCCAGCAGCGCCACAGGCCUUAAGGGCGGCUCCUGGAUCGUGUCAGGCUGCUCGGUGCUGCGCGACGGCCGCUCAGUCCUGGAGGAGUACGGCCGAGACCUUGACCAGCUAGCCGAGGGCGACCGGGUGGGCAUUCAGCGCAGCUCCCGCGGGGAGCUCCACCUCUGGGUCAACGGGCAGGACUGCGGUGCAGCCGCGAGCGGCUUGCCGCCCAAGCUCUGGGCGGUGGUGGACCUGUACGGCAAAUGCACUCAAGUGACGGUGGUGAGCUGCGAGCCGCCGCCGCCCUCCACGGAGAAAGAGACAAUAGAGCGGGAGGACGUGGAGGAGGAGGAUGAAGAGGAGGAAGAAGUGGUGGUGUGCGGCGUUCGGGAGGAUGCGGGGAUCACGGCACUGAUGAAUGUGGCAGCAAUGAAUGGAAUGAUGAAUGGAGAUGAAGUGCCUGAGCUUAGCUGCAGUCACAGCAGACCAGACAAGUUCCCCAACAGCCUGGAGCCUGACACGGUUCUAACUGAGCACCAACUCUUUGACGUGUUCAACAACGCAAUAGUAUCUUUCUAUCGCUCUGAGGAUGAGGGCGGAGGGGAAGAUGGUGGAGGCGGAGGAGGAGCAGGCGGCGGAGGGGGAGGAGGAAAUGCCGGAACUGACUCCUCGUCCAGAAAUGACAGGGGGAACAGCAGCAGCAGCAGCAGCAGCAGUGGAGGGGGUGCUGUCAACAGCGACAGUGGAACAGGGACAACAGCAGGAGGUGGAGGAGGAGGAGCUGGCGGUGCCGGAGAUGGUGGAAAUACUAAUAACAGUCCAGCGGGUAACGGAGGGGUUGGGCUGGGGGUGGUGACGGGUGGGAUGACCACCAACGACGCGCUGCUCUUCCACGAGAAAUGUGGCACGCUGAUCAAACUGAGCAACAACAACAAGACGGCGGAGCGGAGGAGACCGCUGGACGAGUUCAAUAACGGCGUGGUGAUGACCAACCGGCCGCUCCGACACAACGAGAUGUUUGAGAUCCGCAUUGAUAAGCUAGUGGACAAGUGGUCAGGCUCAAUAGAGAUUGGCGUGACCACACACAAUCCCAACAAUCUGGACUAUCCUGCAACUAUGACCAAUCUGCGCUCAGGUACAAUCAUGAUGAGUGGCUGUGGGAUUCUGACCAACGGGAAAGGAACCCGCAGGGAAUACUGUGAAUUCAGCCUUGAUGAACUUCAGGAGGGAGAUCACAUUGGGUUGAUGCGCAAAGCCAGCGGAGCGCUCCAUUUCUACAUCAAUGGCAUCGACCAAGGUGUUGCGGCAGCCCAGACCCCCGGCGUGGUCUACGGCGUGGUCGACCUCUACGGCAUGGCCGUCAAAGUCACCAUAGUCCACAACCACAACCACAGUGACCGCCUCAGACGCAACAACGCCAUCAUGAGGGCUCUAUCGCCAGAUGUCGGCCGGCCCAGGCCAGCUCUCUCCCUCACCCCAGACACAGAGGGGCCCGACCGGCUGCUCUUCCACACCAACUGUGGCCAGAAGGCCGCCAUCAUCAGCGACGGCAGGACGGCGCUGCGGCCACACGCGACUGAUGACUUCAACCACGGCGUGGUCCUGAGCAGCCGGCCGCUGCGCUCCAAUGAGGUGUUCCAGGUUCGCAUCGACAAAAUGGUGGACAAGUGGGCGGGCUCCAUCGAAAUCGGCGUCACAACGCACAACCCUGCAUACCUGCAGCUGCCCUCCACCAUGACCAACCUGCGCUCAGGGACGUGGAUGAUGACGGGGAAUGGCGUAAUGCACAACGGAACAACAAUCCUGGACGAGUAUGGACACAACCUGGACCGGCUCAAGGCUGGCGACACAGUAGGCGUAGUGCGGAAAGAAGAUGGCAGCCUCCACUUCUUUGUAAACGGUGUGGCUCAGGGCCCAGCAGCCUGGAACGUCCCUCCCAGUGUCUAUGCCGUGGUGGACCUCUAUGGCCAGGCUGCUCAGGCCACCAUCAUGGACGACAUGGUGGACCUUCCCCCUCUCCCAGAGGACAGCUCGGAGGGCCCCACGGCCAUGUCCCCCGGGAGCCCCUGCUCAGUAGGUGGGGCCAGCACAACCAACGACCUGCGUUUCCACCAGCUACACGGCACCAACGCCGUCAUCACCAACGGGGGGCGCACUGCCCUGCGUCAGAACUGCCGCAGCGAGUUCAACGACGCCAUUGUCAUUUCCAACAGGUGCCUUCGAGAUGGAGAGCUGUUUGAAAUCAUUAUUCAGAAGAUGGUGGACCGCUGGUCGGGUUCAAUAGAAGCAGGAGUGACGGCCAUCAGGCCAGACGAGCUCGAGUUUCCCAACACGAUGACUGAUAUCGACUAUGACACCUGGAUGCUCAGUGGAACGGCCAUCAUGCAGGAUGGCAACACGAUGCGCAACAACUACGGUUGUGACCUGGACUCCCUGACCACAGGCUCGCGGAUUGGCAUGAUGCGCUCAGCCAGCGGCGACCUCCACUAUUACAUCAACGGCGUGGACCAAGGUGUCGCCUGCUCCGGUCUGCCUCCAGAGGUGUAUGCUGUGAUCGACCUGUAUGGCCAGUGUGUCCAGGUGUCCAUCACCAGCUCCUCAGGCCCGCUGGACAACAGCCUCUGUACCAGCAACAUCACUGAGAAGAGCUUCCCCAUCCACUCACCAGUAGCAGGCGUUGCCCAUCGGCUCCACAGCAAACACGGCAAGAACGUGGUGCUGCUCGGUGAGGGCUGCCAGGCCGUCAGAGUUGGAGGUUACGCUCACGGCAUCGUGUUCAGUGCGAAGGAACUCAAAGCAGACGAGCUGUUUGAGGUGAGGAUUGAUGAGGUGGAUGAGCAGUGGUGCGGUUCGCUGCAUAUCGGUCUGACCACGCUGGCACCCCCCGAGCUGCCAUCCUGCCCGCUGUCAGGUCUCUCCCCCUCCCUCCCGCAGCUCCGCACCAAGGUCACCUGGCUGCUCUGCGGCUCCGAGGUCCGUCGCAACGGUGUGCUGCAGCGCCAGAACUACUGCUGCUCACUGGACCGGCUGACGGUUGGGAACCGUGUGGGUGUGAAGAGGUGCAGUGACGACACCAUGCACAUCUUUAUCGACGGAGAGGACAUGGGACCUGCAGCGACUGCAGUGGCCAAGAAUGUGUAUGCAGUUUUGGACCUGUACGGGCGGAUAACAGCGGCGUCCAUCGUGAGCUCUUCGUUGAUGGAGGACAUGGAAAGCGUCAAGGCGCCCUCGCUCUCCUCAGACAGCUGCAGCGAAGGAGAGGAGGACAGCACCCCCGUCAGAGAGGUUGAGACGGAGCCGUGCGCGCUGGUGCCCACCGUCAUGGCGUUCCUGGAAAACCAUGGCAAAAACAUCCAGUUGUCCAACCAGAACCUGACUGCAGCCAGAGUCUCCAGCUACAACCAGGGCCUUCUGGUCACCGCCCAGCCGCUGGCUCGCCAGCAGCUGUUCCAGUUUCAGAUCGAUCGCCUGAACCCGUCGUGGACGUCGUCGCUGUCGUUGGGGGUGAUCGGUCACUCCCCCGACCGGCUCAACUUCCCCUCCACAGCGUGUUGUCUGAAACGCUCCGCCUGGCUGCUGCAGAGAGACUCCGUCUUCCACAACUCCCUGAAGAUAUGUGAGAACUAUGGUCCUAAUCUGGACACUUGUCCGGAGGGGACGGUGUUGGGUCUGCUGGUGGACGCCAACAGCUGUCUCCACCUGUACGUCAACGGCAUGGACCAGGGUGCGGCGGCGCAGGACAUCCCUUCGCCCUGCUUCCCCUUCAUCGACCUCUACGGCCAGUGUGAGCAGGUUACUAUAGUAACAAACAACGUGCCAGCGGUGGGUGGAGAGAGCGGUGAGACCCGUUGUCAGGGCGACAUGGAGAAGGCGGACAUGGUUGACGGAAUCAAAGAGAGUGUGUGCUGGACGCCCCCUCCAGAGGUCAACCCCAACAAAACCUGUGAGUACCAGGCGCUGUGCUCACGCUUCAAGGACCUGCUCACGUUACCAGAUGGUUAUUUUAAUGAAGACGCCAAGUACAACCUGUGCUACUGUGAGUCCUGCCACAAGCUUCGAGGUGACGAGGCUUAUUACAAGAGAGGAGAGCCGCCCCGGGACUACGCCCUGCCCUUUGGGUGGUGCCGCUUUGCCCUCAGGAUCAAGCCCCACUGUGAGGUUUCCAAUGCACUGAAGAAGUGGCACAUCGCGUACCACGGAACCAGUGUAGGAGCCCUGCGACGCACGCUGGACCACAGCCAGCUGCUGCCUGGGACGUCGUCCAUCUUCUCAGUGUCCCCGGUGAAGGCGGAGGGGCCAAAUGGCUACAGCGAGCCAGAGGAGAACAGCGCCCCCGGCAGGGAGGUUCCCAGAGUGCGGCUCUCCCCCACUAUGCGCUACUCCGGCAUGGAGAUCUUUGCCCCCAAAGUGCAAUUUCAGGACCCUCGCUCUCACCGCUGCCACCAGGCUCAGGUGGGAUUCCAGGUGUGCGUGCGUCCCGGCUCCUACAAGGUGGGCCCCCAGACGCUUGGCAACAGCGAGCCCCUGGACCCGCGGUUCAGCAACUCAGAGAUCGAAUGGAUCACUAAGGAGCAGGGCGGCACGCUCCUCUACGGACUGCUCAUCCGGGUGGAGUGAUUGGAGCGACGGGGGAGGCAUUCGGGUGGAAGCGGGGAGGGUCUGUGUGGCGCCCCUCGUACUUUUAAUAAACUGACAACCAAAUCCAACCCCUGCCUUGAGCGAGAGACUCCUCUGGAAUCCAGCUGUUCCUACUGUGGAUUGUUGACAAUUCAGCAUUAUUGAUUUGUUUUGUUUAUUUUGUUGGAUUUUUUUUUGGUUGUUUGCUCUUGGACUCUUUUAACGGCCGGGGGCUACGGCGGUUUCAAAGGACAGACACUGCCUGCACUUUAUGUUUCGGACACUUGUGGGCGAUUUUUAAACUAACUUCUCAUGACACGUUAGUUCAUUCGCUACUUUUAGCGUUUUUUUUUUUUUUGCCACCUUUUUGUUCUCGUUCUUUCUUACAUAUUUUCUUCCACCCUCACAAACAGCUAUUUUUUCUUCUUUCUUUUGGUACUUAUUUUAACACGUACUCAUCUCUGGUCAGUGUUUUUAUUUUGGGAGGAGCUGUCCCCUGCCAACCUGCACGUUAACGGACUGUCACCUAAAAAGACUGAAGACGUGGGUCAAAAAGACGAAACGAUAAAAUAGAGUGACCAAUGUUUUCAAAAAAAAAAAAAUAGGAAAAAACAAAAAACAGACACUUGAAUCUGAGAAUGAACCCAAGAGUGUCUUGUGAUUGUGACUUCUUUUGGGGUGGGGGGAAGAUUUUAAAACUGGAGGAAGAAAAAAUGUUUACACAUGUACUGUACGUUGCUGUCCUCUGCGUGUCUCACCAUUAGCAGUCCGGAUACUUUGUCAGUCCUGUUUGCGUUUCUGUUCCGGCCCAGCACCGCUUCUGUCCGGCCUUGGCAAAUGGAAAACAUUUGCCGGCUUUAAACUGUGGAAGAAACUGGAAGGUGUGACAGUAAAAUGGAUGUCUGGGAAAAUAAAAAAAAUCCCACAUCUUUUUUGGAAGCUAAAAAUUGCGUGUCAAGCUAACGAAUAGCAAAAUAUGCUCUGGAACUUACAGCUUGUGUUACAGCCAAGAAGAUCCAUCAUGAGAUCUUUAAAAAUAUACAUAUUUACCUCUAGACUUGGUAGGUUUUGAUAGAGGAAAAAGGGAAACGCGGAUUUGCUUUCCUGCCGAGAGGCAGAUGAGAGGAUUGAGUGCGAAAGUCAAUCUUUUCACCUGCCAAACUCAGCAAGAAAUUUCCCGAACUGACUUUUUUUUUUUUUUUUUGUGACAUGGUUAAAUGGACUGAAACCAAAAGGUUUAAGUGGUUUUUUCCACAUCACUCCCACUGUCUCGCUUCCCCACAUCGUUUACUGUAGAGCCACUCACGCUUCCACUCCGAUCCAGCCAUCCGUCAUGUCUGACUCUGUUUACCUGGCAGGACCUCCGGAGCCGACAACGAGGAGUUUUAAGGUCAGCAGGAGGACAAGUGGUCUGCAUCCCACGACCUACGCUGGUGUUUACAUGUGAAUGUCAUUAAUUAGGGCUCUUUUAUUUCAACUAACAUCACAGAUUUACUUUUGUCAAAUGUUUAUACAUGGGUUUUAUUUGAUCCAAAACAUCCGCCUAAUGGUUGAUUGUAUGUGAACAGCUUUCCAAAGCGCUUUCUUUCUUUCUCACCGUUCUCAAUCCUGUUGCCAAUUUGAUAAAACCUGCUACAGAACAUGAAAACCCCGACUUUUUUUUUUUUUUUCCCCCAAGGCACAGUUUUGAUGAGUCAAACUCAAUACAAUUAACGAAGCUCAGUCACCUUCUAAGAGCAGCUGUGAUCUGACUGAUGGAAGAUCUUCGGGGUUUGGCAAAGGAAAAACUUCCAAUCAAAAAUGUGAAGAUUAUUAUUAUAUGGGUUAUUUAUGGCCCAGUGCUGCUUUGUACAAUUUAAUUUGUAUUUUCUUUUUUUUGUUUUCUGUAUGUUGCGUUGUACAGGCUGUUACAUAACAAAUCAUAUCUUCCUGAUUUAUAAAAAAUAAACUGACUGACAGUAUGCACA